ACGGCCCCAUAUAUAGUUACAACUAGUAAAUGUAUAUCUAUCUUCUUGAGAAACGAAAAGACGCCCUCUUAAUUAUAGCUUUUCCCUUAUUUGGUUUGGUGCAUGCACAUAUAUACUUGACUCUUCCUCUUCUUCUUUCUCAUUAUUAAUUAAUUAAUUUAUAUAUAUGUAUAUUUAUAAAGCUCAUACGAUAAUAAAUUAAAAGUGAGAAAGAGAGAUGGGUAGUAGGAGAGCAUGUUGUGAGAAUAUGGGACUGAGAAAAGGACCAUGGACCCCUGAAGAAGAUCACAUACUCAUUUCUUAUAUCCAACAAUUCGGUCAUGCAAAUUGGAGGGCUCUUCCUAAACAAGCAGGUCUGUUAAGGUGUGGAAAGAGCUGUAGGCUUCGUUGGAUAAAUUACUUGAGGCCUGAUAUUAAAAGAGGAAACUUCAGCAAAGAAGAGGAAGACACCAUCAUCAAGCUACAUCACAAUCUUGGAAAUAGAUGGUCUUCUAUAGCGACCCAAUUACCAGGAAGAACAGACAACGAAAUAAAAAACUUCUGGCACACCCACUUGAAGAAGAAAAUCAAGAAGAAGUUAAUAAUGAAACAAAGUAGUAAUAGUGAAACUGAUCAUCUUGACCAUGAAGCAAUAUUACAACCCAUGACGAUGAUGAUGAUGGUCAAUAAUGCCAGAACUAGUAGUAGUAAUGCUACUACAGUUGUUAAUAAUAAUGUCCAUCACCAACAACACCAUUAUUACAAGCAUUCUACUACCAGGACAGUCUUUUUUGAUCCAAAAUUACAGAUCUCAUCAUCAUUAUUGUUAAACUCUGAUGAUGUACAUCACUCAUUCAUGGAUCAUAAUAACAAUAAUAAUACUGAUGAGGAUGAUGUUAUGGAGGAAGGCAUUCACAACUUUUGGUACAAACUUCUUGUGAAGUCAGCAGAGACUGCUACUGCUGCUGCUUCAGUACCACCAGCUCUUGCAAAUUUUGGAUAAUUAUUAUAAUUUUCUUUUCUUUUUCAACGUAGAUUUUUUUUUUUUUUUAAAGUUUGAAAUUUGGUUUUGUCUACUUUUGACAUUAUUGUGUGAUGGUGAAAUUAAUUUAGUUGAAUGAGAUAGUGAAGAUGAAUACUAUUAUUUUAUUGCCAAAAACCUCAUUAAAAUAUACUUUUUUUA